AUGCCCGGCGAAGUCAUUGACAGACCCAACCCGGCGCCGCUCGAGAGUCGGUUGCCAUAUGAGACCCUGGACCUUGCCGCGAGGCCGCCAAAGAAGGUCCUGGACAAGAGUGUUGCGCAGUCCCUGAAAGACUUUCAACAAGCAGCAUGCUAUCUUGCUGGGUCCAUGAUAUUCCUCCGGGACAAUGUCUUACUCGAGAGAGACUUGCGAUUAGAAGAUAUCAAGCCACGGCUGUUGGGUCACUGGGGAACAUGUCCUGGCCUCAUCCUCGUAUGGUCUCAUCUCAAUCUAUUAAUCCGGAAUCAUGACUUGGACAUGAUUUAUGUUAUUGGGCCCGGUCACGGCGCUCCGGCCGCUCUGGCAUCCCUAUGGCUUGAGGGCUCCUUGGAGCGAUUCUUUCCUCAAAAGUAUGGUGUUAACAAAGAUGGUCUACGAAACCUCAUCACAGGCUUCUCUGUUCCCGGAGGUUUUCCCAGUCAUAUCAACUCUGAAACCCCGGGAUCCAUCCACGAGGGCGGUGAGCUUGGCUAUGCCCUAGCAGUGUCGUUCGGUGCAGUCAUGGACAACCCUGACCUCAUUGUUACAUGUGUUAUUGGCGACGGUGAGGCUGAGAGCGGCCCAACUGCAGCCGCCUGGCAUUCCAUCAAGUACAUAGAUCCCGCAGAGUCUGGAGCGGUCAUCCCCAUCCUCCAUGCCAAUGGGUUCAAAAUCAGUGAGCGCACCAUCUUUGGCUGCAUGGACAACAAGGAACUUGUCAGCUUGUUCUCUGGCUACGGAUAUCAGCCGGCCAUCGUUGAGACCUUGAAUGAGAUCGACGUCGAACUUGCGAGCGCUUUAGAAUGGGCCAUCAGCGAGAUCAGGAGCAUUCAGAGAGCUGCGCGAGAGGGCAAGCCGAUUGCGAAACCGCGAUGGCCCAUGAUUAUCCUUCGAACCCCCAAGGGCUGGACGGGCCCCAAAAAAGUUGACAAUGACAUCAUUGAAGGCUCAUUUCGCGCUCACCAGAUCCCCAUUCCCAACGCCAACAAGGAUGAGAAGCACCUAAAGAUUUUGCAGGACUGGCUCCAGACCUACGACGCAGGUCGGUUGCUCAAGGACGGGAAACCUACCAAGAGCAUCUUGGAGAUCAUACCCCAGAAGGAUGAAAAGAGGCUUGGACAGCUUAAGCAGACGUACGACCCGUACAAGGCCCUCAAACUCCCUGAUUGGAAGCCGUUUUCUGUGGAAAUCUCUCAGCAGAGCAGCUGCAUGCAGCAGACGGGCAAGUUCCUGGACAAGGUCAUUACCGAGAACCCCAAGAGCUUCCGUAUUUUCUCUCCUGAUGAGCUGGAGAGCAAUAAGCUCAAUGCAGUUCUCGAGCAUACAGGUCGAAACUUCCAAUGGGACGAGUACUCGCGGGCUCAAGGUGGUCGGGUCAUUGAAAUCCUCUCUGAGCAUUGUUGCCAGGGAUGGAUGCAGGGCUACACUCUCACGGGUCGGACUGCGCUAUUCCCCAGCUAUGAGUCCUUCCUGGGCAUCAUCCACACCAUGAUGGUCCAGUAUUCCAAGUUCAACAAGGUUGCAGGCGAGGUGGAAUGGAGAGGCUCCCUCAGCUCCAUCAACUAUAUUGAGUCCAGCACCUGGGCCCGCCAGGAGCACAACGGCUUCUCGCAUCAAAACCCAUCCUUCAUCGGAGCCGUGCUGAAUCUCAAGGCCGAGGCCGCGCGGGUGUAUCUGCCUCCCGACGCCAACUGCUUCCUCAGUACCAUCCAUCACUGCCUGAAGUCCAAGAACUAUGUCAACCUCAUGAUCGGCUCCAAGCAGCCGACGGCUGUCUACCUUUCGCCUUCUGACGCUGCGGAGCAUUGCAGAAAGGGUGCGGGAGUCUGGAAGUUUGCAUCUACUGACGGUGGAAAGGACCCUGACGUUGUGCUUGUUGGGGUCGGUGUCGAGGUGACCUUUGAGGUUGUCAAGGCCGCCGAGAUGCUCCGACAGCUACUUCCAGACCUGCGAGUCCGUGUUAUCAACGUAACGGAUCUCAUGGUGCUUGCUUCUGAAUCUCACCAUCCACACGCGCUCAGUCGAGUCGACUUUCUAGACAUGUUCACCGAGGACAAGGCCGUGUGCUUCAACUAUCACGGCUACGCUGCGGAGCUCCAGGGCCUCCUCUUUGGUCGUCCUGGUUUGCACCGCAUGACAGUUGAAGGAUACAAAGAAGAGGGAACCACGACGACGCCGUUCGACAUGAUGUUGGUUAACGGGGUGAGCAGGUUUGAUGUGGCGAAGCGAGCGCUGAGAGGUGCCGCCAAGUGCAAGGACGAGGUCAAGAAUAAACUAGACGGCAUGUUGAAGAAGAUUGAUACAAGAGUUGAAGAAGUCAAGGCGUAUAUUAGAGAUGAGGGCACCGACCCAGACGAGUUGUAUGAUAUGCCCGACUUCUAA